GCAUUGUCGGGCAUUGACAGACGCACGGGAGCAAGCUUUGGUCGAUGCACUCCUCGCCUGCUGCGAUUUAUGGCACAUGCGCUUCGGCGGGUCCCGCUCCUGCUGCUGGCCACUCUUCUCCUUCUUCUUGUGCUCUUGUUGUGAGUGUGUGUCGCCGUGCGAGGUCCGGGGAGCAGACGAAAUCUAUGCAUGGCGAGGAAGGUGACGAUGGAAAGGCGGGAAACCUCCAGCGGACUGCACGGACGUGCGAUCGACUUCUCCACUGCGGUGGCAAUGGCGGUAGCGCCGCGUCGUGCACCCGUGUACGACCCCACGUUGUACAGUCAUCUGCCACCACACGAGCAGUCGUUACCGCUGGAUCUGGAAGAGGAGUAGCGGGAGGACCUGUCCCACACUCUGCCACCGGGGAGUGGAUCUACGCAGGACUGGAUGGGCACCCAUUGCCGACAAAGGGAGGCAGAGAGAAGUCGCCACUCGUUCUCGGCAAUGCUGGAGGAGGGGUAUCGACGGAGGCGACACAGAGAUUGUUGACUUGGAUUUUCGGCUUGUCAAGCGGGCCUGCUUCACCGGUUAGGAACAAUUGUGCAUCAAGCCACGUCGUCGCCAUGACUGUCAGACAAACGUCUCUGCAUGGGGAGGGAGUGGCGGGGCGUGGCGGAAGGUCGUGUUUGGUGGAUGGCAGCGCAGAUGGGUGCCGUCCGACGCCCUCCUUCUCUCGAGCCACGGGAACAUCUAGCGACAAGGUGACGGCAGUGUUACCCCCCCACUUGGCAACACCUUCACCCCCACAAUGUCGGAAGGUGGCUGCACCGGCGGCGAACACGACCACUACCCCCCUGAAAGAAAUUGGCAGGCACGUGUGGGAGUCCUGUCGCCAACAGAUGCGCGGACCGACCGCUGAGAACAUAACGAACGGGGUAUCGACGAUGCGUGUUGUAAGCGAUGCGAAUGCGAACGACACCCGGAGGGCGACUGGUGACGAAUCUUCAAAUUUUCAUUGCGAGGAUGAAGCGAACGAUGCGAAAGAGUUGGAGAUUCGACCCCUGGGUGCACGUGGUAGAGGGAGGGGUGGAUGCGGACAUGCUGGGGGACACGCAACAUCCGCCAUUGCGGAAGAAUCCGUCGUCGGGGGAGAGGGUAAUGGCAACGAUGAAGAUGGAGGGUCAGCGUGGGAGUCCGGGUUCAGUGCAGGCAGUACGGGCGGCACUUGCAAGAGGAAGAACAUGCGCCAGCAUACGUUCGACACCAUCGCCGAAGUCAUGGAGAAGCACGGUGCAUUGAUGGCGAAUACUGUGGACGGGGCAAGCAAGCGGCAGUGCGACAUACUCGAGCGUGACAUCGACACCCAAAAGUGGCACUACGAGGCGUCUGGUGAGGCGAACAGGAUGAUGUGCAGUGCGUUGAUGGAGAUCACGAAAGCCAUCAGGGACAGGGAUGCCGACACUUGGAUUUGGGAGGGACGGCGUAAGCAGGGAGCAUUUUCAAGCACUAGCCGCCUUGGUGUGCCAGGAAUUGGUCAUGGUGGUGGAAGUGGAAGCAUGCGUUCUCAAGGGAUCGUCAUCAGCGAGUCGGCACCACAAACGCGCGUGGCUUCAAUCACGACGAUCGUUUUCAUUGUUGAAUGUGCAGACAAAGGACCCGUUUAUGCACCACAAGCGCGUCACGUGGAGCCGUCGAACACGAACACGGUCGGCGGGUCGUCGAGGGAAGUCGUCCCAUUGUCACAUGUAGGAAGCGGUGUUGCCAGGCCGAGCACCGCUGCGGGGGAAAGGCGAGAAGAACGAGGGCCCGGUGAGGCGGGGAGGAAAGAUGAGAGGAGGGAUGGCACUCCGCGACCGGACGACAAGGACGACGAGUCUCUUCGCAUGAGGAAGAAAAAAACGAGGCACGAGGAGGAGUUGGAGGCGACGUCGAAGUUGUGGACAGACGGGAAGACAUUCUGGCAUUUCUGGGGAAGUGGACCUGGUCGCCUGAUCGAGGACGCUGUGCACGAUUGCGCAGACUACUACUGCGCAAUCGUCAAUGAUGAUGCAGGCGCCACCGCACUGCGUGGCCUCAUCAUGCCACCCCCGAUCAUCAUGCCACCCCCCGAUGUUCAGCGUUUGCGAAUCCAAGAUCCCGCGCAGCGGGACGCAGCCCUUGGACGGGCGAGAAGGACGGAGAACGUCGCUAUGCGCGUCAUCCACGGGUGAAUCUUCAGGUCGUCUUCAAGAUCCGACGGUUUCGCCCGCGC